AUGGACAAACAUAUAUCAGAUAUGUUAUAUUCCUAUAAUCACAAUAAUGCUAACAUUCCAUUUGAAGAUGAUAAAACAAAUAGAUCAAGUAAAAAUCUCAUAAAUCCUUAUAAAUUUAAAGAACCAAUACAAAUAAAUAAAGACAUUAAUUUUUAUAAUAAUAAAAUAGAAAUUGACCAAAAGUGUUAUAUAAAUCAAAAAGAUACAAACAAAAGUAAAAAUGCAUUUAAAAAAAAUCAAAUUUUUACAAAACCGUUAACUAGUUUAGAGGGUACUUUGGAUAAUUCUAUGUUAAAUAAUUCAAUUAACGAAAAUGUAAAUAAAAAUAACAAGUUUUCAAAUUUAUGUAGCGAUUACAAAGAAGCUGCAGAUAAUCGUGGAUUUAAUAUAAUAAACAAUUUUAAAAAUUGUGGAAACGCACAAAAAUUCAGCAAAAAUGUAAUAAUUCAAGACGCAGACGCAAAUAACAAAUUUUACACACCAAAAAAAGAAAGUUUAGAAAUUGAAAUUAAAAAUGAUAAAAAUGUUAACAUCCUUACAGAGGAAUUAAAAAAACAAACUAUAGCAUCCCUUCAAGAUUCGAAUUUUAACAAUAUAGAGACUCGGCUAUUAAGAAGACAUACAACUUGUGAAAAUGAAAAAAAGGAAAUAUUUUUAGAACAAAAUUACAAAAACGAAAAUUCAUCAUUUACAACAAAUGUAUAUAACACUAAUUCAAAAUGUUUCAAUAAAAAAAAAAAUCCAGAUAAUAAUUUAUUAAAAGGUAAUAGUUUUUCUGCAAGUUAUGACAAUUCCAUGAAUGGGCACACAACAAAAGAUAGUGAAUACCCUACUAAAUUAUAUAUGCUCAAUAAGGUAAAAAAUAGUGAUAUCAAAGUUAUGGAUAGUCAGAAAGAAAAAUCCAUAUAUAUAGAUAAAAAAUGGUUAUUUAAAGAUGUGUGCAAAUCUUAUAUGAACCAAAAAUUAGAAAUAUGGUAUGAAAAUGGCAAUCAUUCAAGUAAAGAGGAUGAUCAGGAAAAUUUUAUAUGUGAUGGAAAUAAAAGAGAAAUACAAAGCGUGGUAUUAAAUUGCUCAAAUUCCGUUUUGAAUAUAAGUAACAUAAAUAUGGAUGUCAAACCUGACUAUAAUAUAUCUAAUACUGUACACAUUGGUAAUAGCACAUAUAUUGGAAACAAAGUAAUUGUGGCUGGAAAAAAAAAAAAAAAAAAACAAACCACUAAGCAGGGAGAAACACACACCUGCAAAAUUGGUCAGGAAAAUAUUGAAAAAAUAAAUGUUAAGGGGGAAGUUGUAAUGAAAUCAAACAUUUACAAUGCGAUUGAUUUUGUUCCAUUACGAAGUAAUAGUGACCACUCAGAUAAUUUUUGUGAAAAGAAAAACGAUUAUUAUAAUAUUAUCGAUUCCAACGAAAAAAAUGUGAAAAAAAAAAAUAUAAAAAUUUUUGAGCAUUAUGAACAUUUUGAAAAUAUAAAAAAAAUAACAGAUUUCAAAGGUAAUUCCCCAAAUUUAUAUUCAUGGAAAAAAACAGUUUUUGAGGCUCUCAAAAAAAAUAAAAAUUGCGAAAAUAAAGGCAGCAAUAGUUGCGAAAAUAAAGGUAACAAUAAUAGUAGUAAUAUUAUGGAGGAAGAAGAAAAUAUUUUGGAAAAGAAAAAAUAUGUGAACGUUAUGAACCCGCUAAAGUUUUCGGUUUUGGAAAAAAAGGAAAAAAUAAUAGUACCCACCAACAUAGAAAAAAAUUAUAGCAAUAACCAAUGCAACACAAAUUGUAUAAAAUGUAGUAUUUUAAAUUUGAGUAAUAAAAAAAAUAAUUGUUUUAACAAUUUUUGUCAUGCAAGUAGUGAUAAUAAUAACAGUAAUGAACAUAUUAAGGGAAAGAAGAAUUAUAAAAAAAUUGUAAAAAAAAAAAAUAAAAUAAAUAACCCGCAGAACAGUAUAAAAAAUGUCACUUUAAUCAAUCCCAAAACAUGUAGUAUUGAUAAAAAAAAAAAAAAAAACAUAGAUGAUUUUUUUCCAAGUACAUAUUUUUUAUUAUCUAACGGUGCUAAAAAAACAAAUUUAUCGAGCUCAGACAUUAUUGAAAAAAAAAAAUUGUAUAAUAAUUUAAAUAUGAUAAAAAAUAAAUAUUCAAUUUAUUCGGAUAAUAUAAAAGUAAAAAAUUCAGUUGCAUAUAAUGUAACUAAUAAAGAAGGGGAAAUGUUAAAGGGUGAAAAAACGAAAGAAGAAUGUGGAAAUGGAAUUUCAUUGAAUAUGCCAAAAAAUAAAGAACAAAACGUUGGAAAAAUGGAAGAAAAUUGUAUUGAUUUCGUAAAAUGUGAAAAUGAAUUAUCCAAUUAUGUCUUCAAAAGAAGGACCAAUUACUUUUGCAGCGAUAGAAAAACAAAUGAAAUAAAAAAUGAUAAUGAAGAAGAAAAAAAAAAUAAUAUAAGAAAUGUGUGUGCCAAAAAUAAUUAUAAAAAGAAUAAUGUUAUGCAUGACAUUUUGUCAAAUAAUAAGAUGAUUAUAAAAGAUAUUGAAGAAAUAAAAAAGAAUAAAUUGUUUUUUGAAGAAAUCUGUGUUUUUAGAAUGAAUGAAUAUACAGAAGAAUCAGAACAAAGUGAUAUUUAUAACUACAGUGAUAUAAAAGGCGAAUUUUAUCAAAGUGAUGAUUAUGACAAGGAAAAUAAAAGAAAACCAAUAAACUUAUUUGAAUUAAGCUCUUAUAAUGAUAUAGAUAUAACAAAAUUAGAAUUAAAUAAAAAUUGUUAUAAGCAUUUAAAUGAUGAAGUUAAAAAAUUAAUAAAAGAAGAGGACACUUAUCACCUUGAAAUGAAUAUUGGUUUAAUGUUUAAGAAAUAUAUAAAUGUAAUCAUGAAUUUGUCUUAUAAUUAUUUAAUUAUAAAAAAAAAUGAAAAGAAUGUGUUAACAUGCAUAUCAUAUAAUAAUAUAAUUGAAAUAGAUAUUGUCAAAAAGAAUCCCAAAAAAGGGAAAAUUUCCUUUAAAUUGGUAUAUGUUUUUAAAAAGAAAGAAUUAAAAGCAGAAAAAAAUAUCACUCUGAUUUUUAAAACAACCAAAAUGGAAAUUUAUGAAAAAAUAAAAGAAAAAAUUGGGCCAUUGUUUGAUACUGGGAAAAUGAAAAGUUCUUUUAUUGGUAAUAAGAUAAGCAACAAUAUUAUUAGAGGAAAAAGUACUGUUUCAAAAGUUGAUAACAAAAAAAUAUAUAUAGAUGUUGAAACUGUGUACAACUAUAUUAUAAACAAAUAUAAGCAAGUGCAUCUGUUAUAUUUAAAUCAUUUGCUUCAAAUGACUGAAAAAAAAUUUAAAAAAAAAAGCCUGGAACAAGGCUUUGAAAUUCUAAGACUAAAUCGUGAAUACGCAAAAGAGAUAGAAGCGAUGGGAAAAAAGAAAAACAAAUUAAUAAAUGAUUUUACAAAUAAAUUCGAAUACUAUAUUAAAAAGCAUAUUCAAAAAAAUUAUUUUAAUAUAUUAUUAAUAAAAAGCUAUGAAACCCAUUUUAUAAAUUACCAAAAAAAAACAAAUGAUAUGUUAUUUAAUGUAAUAGUUAAGGAAAAAAGUGCAUAUGAAGAAAAUAUUGGACGACAAUCAAUCUUAUUACUAUUUAAUGCAUUAACAAGUUUGUAUAAAAGUAAAAUGUCUAAAUAUUUUCGUAGUUUUGUAAAUAAUAAUAGAAAUUUUAGUAAAGGAAAAAAUGCAUUUUCAUAUACACUAACGCAUAUAAAUACGAUAUUAGUAAAAUAUGAAACAAGACAUAAAGCAUUUGUAUUAUCAAGAUUAAAAUUUAAUUACAAUAAUGUUAGUUAUUUUUCAUUUGUUAUGUAUAAAACAUAUUUAAAAAAAUUAUUUCUAGGAUAUAUAUGUUUACGAGAUAACCGAAUAUUUAUAAAGUUGGUAAUUGAAAAAAAUGUAAUUAAAUUAAUAAAUAGAAUUAGUAGAGUUAUUGAAAAUCAAAAAUAUUAUGCUUUUCUUAAAUUACAAAAAUAUAUAUAUGAAGAAAAAGAAAAAAUGAAUAAAAAAAUAUGUGACAACCUUAUGUAUACAAACAAUGAAUUAUGUAAUAACAUGGAUAAAAUUGGAAUAGAAAAAGGUAUUAAUAUUUUAGAAUAUUUUUACAAAUUUAAAAUUAAGGAGAAUCUGAUUAAAUAUUUUUAUAUUUUAAAGGGUUCCCAAGUAAGUGUCUCAAUAUCUCAAAAUAAAUAUUAUUUGAAAUAUUCUGCCAUUUUUGUAUUUGUUUUGAAUAAAAUAUUACAAAGAAAAGUUCAAGAUAUUUUGCUCCAUUUUGUUCUUAAAUGUUUCCAAAAUAAUAAUAAAAAUAAGUUAAUAUAUUCUACAAAAAAUUUAGAAUUACUAUUUAUUCAAAAAGAAAAAAGAGAUGUCAUGUCAAUGCUUCGAUUUUAUGACAAAUUUCCUUAUCUUUUCAAAUAUAGAAAUAUGAACAAAGCAGAAAUAUUUACAGCUUGUAUUCAAAAUUUUAUGAACACAUAUAAUAGAAAACUUUUACUAAAUUUUUUAUUAAAAUUGUAUUUUCUGCAAUAUAAAGAAAAAUUUAUGAAGGCAUAUAACUGUAUAGGGCAUAUAUACAAUUUUAUAAAUAUAUUGAGCAAAAAGAUAAAAAAAACGAUAAAGUUUCCAUUUAUGUUACUUUUACAAAAUGCCCGAAUUAUUAAUAAUCAAAUUUUAGUAAAUAGACUCAAAAUAAAAAAAAAAACGCAAUUAAAAAAUAGCAAUAAUACAAGAACAUUUUCCUCUGCCCCCGAUCCAGUUUCUGUUAUUACAAAAUAUCCUUAUUUGCUUUAUAACAUGGAAAUGUCCCCUGAUCAUACCUUCUUACCUGAUGAUAAAUAUUCUUUUCCUUCAAAUAAUUCCAUUUCCGAUUCUUUUCCAUAUGUCUAUGAAGACAUGGACAAAAUUAAAAGAAAAAUCUCUGAUUUUAAUAACAAAGUUGGGAAUAUGAAUUAA